GUAGGCCCUGUGAGGUUACGCGCUCCCGCCUCUACGUGAUUGGUCUUUGGGCACGUCGCUCAGAAGUCCCGAACCCACCAUUGGCGGGUUUCCCUGCUGAGUCACGCCAGUGGAGCGGCUUAGGGCCGAAGGAGAGCGCGGGGAGGAACCGCAUCGUGUGUUGCAACCGAUUUUCCUCGGCAGUGUGCUGAGCUGCUGCUAUGGCGGCGGCUGCUGUAGAGGCAGCGAGUGUGGCUGCAGUUCCUAUUUCGAGUACAGGUAGCUACGGCGAGUCGCCUGAAGUCAAAGGGGGAGCAGUUGGAGCCCUGUGCGUAGAGAAGGAUGCGGCCUCGAAAGGCACAGAGGCCGCCGCGGACAGCGAGGAGGAUGGCGAGAACGUGUUCGAGGUGGAGAAGAUCUUGGACAUGAAGAGCGAGGGGGGUAAAGUCCUUUACAAAGUAAGAUGGAAAGGAUACACAUCAGAUGAUGAUACCUGGGAGCCUGAGGUUCAUCUUGAGGACUGUAAAGAAGUUCUUCUUGAUUUUAGGAAGAAAGUCGUGGAUAACAAAGCUAAACAAGUCAAGAAAGAUGUUCAGAGACUAUCCUUAAAUAAUGACAUAUUUGAGACAAACUCUGAUAGUGAUCAGCAAAGUGAGACAAAAGAAGAUGUGUCUCCAAAGAAGAAGAAGAAAAAAUUAAGGCAUAGGGACGGGAAAAGCCCAGGUGAUCUGAAAAAGAAAAGAACAAAGACUGGGAAAGUAAAAGAUAAAUCCAAACCAGACCUGGAGAUCUCCUCUGAAAGUUUAGUUUCUGAUUUAAGGACAAAGAAAAGAAUUUUGGAAACCAAAGAAGAAUUAAAGGAACCCAAAAAGCCCAAAAAAGGUGAUACAAAAGAAACAAAGCAAUUAAACAAAGUUAAAAAGGGUGGAAUAAGAGAUUUAAAGACUAAAAGAAGAGAAGAUUCCAAAGAAAACAGAAAAACUAAGAAGGAAAAAUGUGUUGAAUCUCAGUGGGAAUCUGAGUCAAGUGUACUUAAUGAUUCUCCUUUCCAGGAAGAUGACAGUGAAGACUUACAGUCUGACAACAGAGAAGAGAAACAAAAGAUGAAAAGUGUCAAAGAUAAAGCCGGGCAAGAUGCAGGGCAGGAUAGUAUUUCUGACAAACAGUUAGAUGGCGCUGUCAGCACUGAUGAGGACGCUGAUGUCAAAGCAAAGCGGAAUAAAAGACUGCAGAAGACUGAGGAACUGAAGGGGAGCAAAAAGCUGGAAAACAAGCACCCUUUUCUAAAGAGGAAAAACAGACGUAAAAAGCGAAGACGUCAAGACAGAGGCAAAGACACUGAAGAGUCAGACAGGCCUACACCCGCUCCUGCCCUGACACUGAGGAGCACCAGGCCCCCUGAGGUGGCCGGGGAGGAGAAGGAGACUAAGAAAAAUGAACCCAAAGAAAAAUACCAGAAAAGGUAUGAUUUGGAUAAGGAAGAGAGAGGCCAAAAAGAGCCAAAGGGAUUAAAGACAUUUAAGGAAAUCAGAAAUGCAUUUGAUUUAUUUAAGUUAACUCCAGAAGAAAAAAAUGAUUUUCCUGAGAAUAAUCGGAAAAGAGAAGAAAUACCACUCGAUGGUAAAAUCACAGAAGAUCACAAAACCAAGGAAAACAAGCUAUUGCUUAAAGAAAGGAGAAAUACUAGAGAUGAAACUGACACCUGGGUGUACAUAGCUGCAGAAGGUGAUGAAGAGGGUCCGGACGGUGUGCGCCAUGCGGAUGAGAAUUCCGAUGGCAAACAACAGAUUUUGAGCUUGGGCAUGGACUUGCAGUUGGAAUGGAUGAAAUUAGAAGAUUUUCAAAAGCAUCUUGAUGGGGAAGAUGAGACUUUUACUACAACAGAAGCAGUUCCAAGUAAUUUAUUGAGGGAUGCUGUGAAAAAUGGGGAUUAUAUCGCUGUGAAGGUUGCACUUAAUUCAAAUGAAGACUAUAACCUGGACCAAGAGGAUUCGAGCGGGAUGACACUGGUGAUGCUGGCCGCCGCGGGCGGGCAGGACGACCUGCUGCGGCUCCUCAUCCGGAAAGGGGCCAAAGUGAACGGCCGGCAGAGGAACGGGACCACGGCGCUCAUCCACGCGGCGGAGAAGAACUUUUUAACUACAGUGGCUAUUCUUUUGGAAGCAGGAGCUUUUGUGAAUGUCCAGCAGAGCAAUGGCGAGACAGCACUGAUGAAGGCUUGUAAAAGAGGAAACUCGGACAUCGUACGGCUUGUGAUUGAAUGUGGAGCUGACUGCAAUAUUUUGUCAAAGCACCAAAACAGUGCGUUGCAUUUUGCAAAGCAGUGUAACAACGUGUUGGUGUAUGACUUGCUCAAGAGUCAUUUAGAGACACUUUCAAGAGUAGCAGAAGAAACAAUAAGGGAUUACUUUGAAGCACGUCUUGCUCUACUAGAACCGGUUUUUCCAAUAGCAUGUCAUCGUCUCUGUGAGGGGCCAGAUUUUUCGACAGAUUUCAAUUACAAACUCCCACAGAAUAUACCAGAAGGCUCUGGCAUUCUGCUGUUUAUUUUCCAUGCAAACUUUCUGGGUAAAGAAGUUAUUGCUCGGCUCUGUGGACCAUGUAGUGUACAAGCUGUGGUUUUAAAUGAUAAAUUUCAACUUCCUGUUUUCCUGGAUAGCCAUUUUGUUUACUCAUUCAGCCCUGUUGCAGGCCCCAAUAAACUCUUCAUAAGGUUGACAGAAGCACCCUGUGCUAAGGUUAAAUUGCUAAUAGGUGCAUACAGAGUGCAGCUGCAGUGAGCAAGCCGAGGGCUGGGACGGAGUCGCUCUCCAUUUCUAAAUACUCUCUUGGAGGCAGUUUGGGAUUCCGGCACAGCUAACACUUCAUCUGUGAGCCUCUUACAGUUUAAUAAGGCCUACCAUCUGUUGGAGUCUGUAAGAUGGUACCUGGUGUUCUGACAUAUUAUAAAACAUAAAUUAUCUAUACCAGUGUUCUGAAAUCCUGGUGUUGUGUCCAAACUGCAUUUAUUUCAGUUUUUCCACAAUGUGGAAUGGAAUAGGAUUAAGAAAAUUAAAAAAAAAUUUUUUUUUACUUGA